CGCGCAAUGACAGGAAAGACGAUAGAGCUCACCAAAUAUCGCAAGAAAGCUCCCGGGAACGGGAAGAGAUUCUGACAUGGCUGUCACCCCUAAACUACCGGAACAAGCAGCACGCCGUCUUUGACAAGUACCACUCGGGCACUGUUCAGUGGCUCAUAGGUUCUGAGCUCUUCCAGAAAUGGCUCCAUGGCGAUCAGAACUCGACCCUCUGGUGUCCUGGGGAUGCUGGUGCCGGAAAGACUGUCAUGGUCUCAGCGGUCGUCGAUUACAUCGGCACGAGAAUGGACAGAUCGAAUGUCGCGAUGGCGUUUGUGUACUGCGAGCACAGCGAUCCCAUCAGCCGAUCCGAAGCGGACGCGCUGCGCUUCACGUCCAUGGAUCCGAGUCUCAGAGAGGAUAUUAUCAGGCGCUUGCAAGUGAUGGCCGACGGCAUGUUCUUGCUUGCCCAUCUUUAUAUGCGCCUGCUCUGCGAUCAGUUGAACGUCCGAAACGUUCGCAGGUCUCUCGACAAGGCACCCGCAAAUCUAUUCGCCUUUUACGACGUGGCCAUGGCGAGAAUUGCGGAUCAGCCCGAACCCAGGAAACAGGCGGUGAAGACGGCACUUUGCUACCUCUUCUGUGCCAAGAGACCACUCAACACGGGAGAGCUACUGCACGCUAUGGGGGUUGAAAUCGACGAUGCCGAACUAGACGAGACGGCCAUCCCUGAUCUCCGGUUUAUUCUCAGUGAUUCCGCCGGUCUCAUCAGAGAAGACACGCAAACAGGCAUCGUGGGGUUGGUCCACCACACUCUGCAUGAAUAUCUCAAAUCACGCCCCGGGAAGCUCUUGCCAUGGCCGGAGAGGGAGAUGGCCAGGAUGUGCCUUAUCCACUUGAACUUUGACGAGUUCCAGAGCGGGCCAUGCGGCGAUGCGAAGGAUCUAGAGGAGCGGUUGCAAAAAUACCGCUUCUUUGACUACGCAUCUCAUUACUGGGGGUCCCAUUUUCAUCACAGCCAGACCGACAAGCCUGAAGACAUGGACCUCCUUCAACGUUUCCUUCGGCACGAGGGGAAGCUGUCCGCUUCCAUUCAGGUCCUGCACAUGUCCCGCCAUCGGACAAAAGGGUGGCACGAUCGCUUUCCUAGACAAGUCUCGGCUCUGCAUGCCGCUUCAUACUGGGGUUUAGAGCAAGUCGCGGCCACGAUCCUGGAAGGGAAAGUCGACGUAAAUCACCAAGACAGCUACGGAGCCACGGCGCUGCACCUCGCCGCUCAAAACGGCCAUGUGGCCGUCACGCAGCUGUUGCUAAACUACGCAGCCAGCAUCAAUCUUGUAGACAACCGUGGCAAGACCCCUGUCACCUGUGCGAGCCGGAACGGCCACCAGGCCGUGGCCGAGCUGCUCGUCGCGCGCGGAGCCGACACGCUCAGAGAGGAUUUUUCUGGAUGGACGGCUCUCCAUUGGGCUACCAUGGGCGGAUACGUGGAGCUGACCCGCGUCCUUCUCAGCCACACCCCCGGCCCGGAGCGCGCGCAUCGAAACCGAGCCCUUACCCUCGCCGCAGAGACUAGAAGUGUUGGCAUUAUCAAGAUGCUCCUGGAUGACGAUAGUAGCGAGAGAGCCGAGGUCGACUGCAGGGAUGGCGAAGGGAGCACCCCAAUGACAUUCUCGGUGCCGUUGGGCCACAUAGAGGCGGUGCGCGUCUUUCUGGGGAAGGGCGCCGACGUCAACGGUCUAGACGCUUACCAAAAUGCCCCUCUUCACUGGGCCAUUGCGGACGUACCCAUGACACGGCUGCUCUUGGAGAAGGGGGCUCGCGUUAACGCCAAGAACUGCUGGGGCAGAACGGCGCUCCAUUGGGCAGUGCAAGAAGGGCAGGAGGAGGUUGCCAAGGUGCUCAUCGAGGCCGGAGCCGACGUAAACGUGGCGGACGAGAACAGCUUCACUCCCCUGCACUCCGCGUCGCUGAAGGGGCUGGAGGGAAUUGUGCGGCUGUUGCUGGCGAACGGCGCCCGGGUGGACGUCAGGGACGUGGACGGGUGGACACCACUUCACUCCGCGGUCCUCCGAAAGCACGACACGAUGGUGGACCUGUUGAUGGCCAGGAAGAAGGAUGGGCCCGAGAUCGUUGCGCAGACGGCGGAGCUGCUACAAGACGGCGCGCUGCAGGCCAUGUGGGACGAGAAGGCCCAGGAGAAGUCGGCGGGAAGCGUGGUGGUCAGCGGUCUACGGUACGCCGCUAACGCCGGAAACGCCGAAAUGGUGCUCGCGCUCCUGGAGAACGGCGCGGAUAUCGACGCCGUGGACGACAUCGGGGGCUCGACUGCUCUGACCCUGGCCGCAAGCUUGUGCCACCUGGACAUCAUGCAGCUGCUUUUGCAAAACGGCGUGGCUGUCAACAAGCCCGACCGCAGCGGGUGGACGGCGCUGCACCACGCGGCCUGCAGCGAGGGAGGCUUGGACUUGGUGAAGCUGUUACUCAAGAAUGGCGCCGACAUCGAUGCAAAGGUCCACCGCUGGACGCCUCUACUUCUCGCGGGAAAACACUGGCUGCCUGAUAGCGCUGCGUAUCUCGCUUCCGAAGCGGCGAACAUCAACGCGGCGGACUAUCACGGUCGAAGAAUACUGCACUGGGCUGCCUCGAAAACCAGCACAAGGGUAGCGCUGCUAGUGCUAGACCGAGGUGCUGAAAUCAACGCGGCGGACCGCUGGGGAAAGACGGCGCUGACCUGGGCGGUUGAGUCGAGGAAUAGACGCAUGACGGAGUUACUCCUAGAGCGUGGAGCUGACGCCACGCUUAGAGCGCGAGACGGAACCACGGCCCUCCACAUGGCAGCUUUUGCCGGCGCCUCGGAGCUCGUAGGUCAUCUCUUGGCGAAAGGGGUGGACUGCAACACCCGUGCUGUUGGAGGCCUCACGGCGCUCCACAUCGCUGCAUUUAUGGGCUACCAUGCCACUGUCAAGCUCCUCCUCGCGGGCGGUGCAGUUGCUUCCGACGAAUUUUCGCCGCCUGGUGAACCAGAGCGAGGAGGAUAG